CGAUCCUAACCGCAAAAAAAUUAGAGUGACAGUGUAAGCUAAUGCUCAUCCAGCAGCACCAUUGCAAACUCCAGAUGGCAACAGGCAGCAGUUCAUCCCAAAACUGAAAACUUCAAAUUACUUUCUCUCUCCACCUCAAUCACAUUCGUGCCUCUUCCUCUCUCCCGCGCGCAAAACAAGAACUGUAACAGAAAAAACACCCACGCACGCUGCCAAACUUCUUUUUUCAUUUGUUAGGAAUCGCAGCAGGAGUUAAAUUUGUUUUUAUUCGCAGUUAUGGAUAAUCCAAUUCUGGAUUGGAAUAAUAAAAUUGCUUUAUUUCCAUUACUACUAAUUUAUUGCUGUUAGUAGAUGUCUAGUAUUCCGCACACAACUUCAUUGCCUAGUUGUAAUUACGCAAUUCUUCUUGUUCCGGUAUCAGAUUCUUCUUCUUAUAGCUCUUCAUAUUCCUCUCAUCAAUUCACAAUCUCGAGAUGUUUUCUAUAUAAAUCCACAAUGCGAUUUCCCAAGAGACCUGCUUCUGUUUCUUUUUGUCUCUCUCUCUUCUCUUCUCCUGCCUUUUCACCUCCUCAUUUCUUCUCUUCCUCUCGUCGGAUUUCGCUUUUUAAUCCCGCUUUUUUCGCCACACACUACCGGACUUUCUCCUACUCCAAAGGAAUUCACCUCGCAGGAUUUGAUCAGUUGCGUGCUAGCUAUACAAUGGACGAGAUUCAAAAGACAUCACAAUUUCAGCUAGGGACUGGCACAGACGGUGUUCAAAAACCAUGCAUAUGGUCAUCACCUGAAGGAGGCUGUGAUAUUAAAAUAGGAAAACAGAUCUUCUGCAACAGGUCAUUGAAUAUGAAGAACAUUUUAGCUGUUGGCUUUGAUAUGGAUUAUACAUUGGCACAAUACAAACCUGAAACCUUUGAGACUCUCGCAUAUAAUGGCACGAUCAGAAAGUUGGUUCACGAUCUUGGUUAUCCUAAAGAGCUUUUAGAAUGGUCAUUUGAUUGGAAGUACAUGGUCAGAGGCUUAGUUCUUGAUAAAAGGAGAGGCAACAUCUUGAAGAUGGAUCGUCAUAAAUAUGUGAAAGUGGCUUACCAUGGGUUUAAAGAGAUGUCCAAGGAACAAAAAGUUCAUACAUAUGGGAAUACUUUGAUAAGGGAUUCUUUUGAUGAGCCGGACUACGCACUCAUUGAUACUCUUUUUUCAUUAGCCGAGGCAUACAUGUUUGCUCAACUCGUUGAUUUCAAGGACAAUAAUCCGGACAAAAUUCCAGAGGCAGUUGGUUAUGCUCGUAUGUAUAAAGAUGUUCGAGCUGCAGUUGAUUUGUGCCAUCGUGAUGGAACUUUAAAGAAAAUGGUUGCAGAAGAUCCAGGAAGGUAUAUCAAUGAGGAUACUACUAUAGUUCCCUUGCUCAAAAUGCUCAGAGAUUCUGGCCGUUUAACAUUCUUGGUUACAAAUAGUUUAUGGGACUAUUCGAAUGUUGUGAUGAAUUUUCUGUGCAAACCCCAUGUCCUGGAAGGCAACAGAACUUCCAAUUUUGAUUGGCUCAAGUACUUUGACGUUGUCAUCACUGGGAGUGCAAAACCAGGCUUUUUUCAUGAAGACAGCCGUGCUAAUCUUUUCGAGGUUGAACCUGAGUCUGGAAUGUUGCUCAAUACUGAUAAUGGCACUCCAAUGCCUCAGGUCGGAAACGCCUCACCGAGCAUCAUAUUGAAGGGGUCAAAUGGAUCAAAUGUACCUUGCCGAGUAUUCCAGGGAGGAACUGUUGCUCAUCUUCAUAAACUGCUGUCAAUUGAGUCAAGUUCACAGGUUCUUUAUGUGGGGGAUCAUAUAUAUGGAGAUAUUUUACGCAGCAAAAAGGUUCUAGGCUGGAGAACGAUGCUUGUUGUACCAGAACUUGAUAGAGAGGUUGAAUUGCUUUUCAAAUUAAGGGACACGCGGAAGCAACUUAGAUUGAUGAGGAAUGAGCGAGAUGAAAUUGAAGACCAGAUUCAUCAUCUAAAGUGGUCUCUUAAAUUUGAAGAACUUGGUUCUGAUCAGAGUCUUAAGAGUUCCACUGAACUAGAAGAAUUGGAGUUUAAAAGGGAUCAAGCAAGAAUCAGUCACCAAGACGCUCAAAGGGCAUGUCACCAAGAGUUUCAUGAGGUCUGGGGACAACUAAUGAAGACGGGAUACCAGAACUCUCGGUUUGCACAUCAGGUUGAGAGAUUUGCCUGUCUUUACACCAGCCAAGUAUGCAAUUUAAGUAUGUAUUCUCCGGACAAAUACUACAGACCCAGUGAAGACUAUAUGCCCCACGAAUUUCAUAUUCUUCCUGUGUGAUUCUGACUCGACUUUAUCCUUUUUUUUCUGGCUGUGGGAAGAAUGAAUAAUAAUGUUCAUGCUAAGAGUGUUUGUUCAGUUGUGUUUUAACUCUAAUUUGCUCCAUUUGGGCUGUAAUUAGCAGAAUCAACAAAGUAUGUUUUGAUUAUUUUGAAGCUUUAUGUAAAAUCUUCCCAAAAAUAUUAAACUUUAAAAGCUGUAUCAACGAUAUGCUCAAUGCGAUUAGAAUAUCUCCUGUUUUGUUUGGA